AACAGUUGGUCGCACACGGUCUGAACAGUGUCGUCAACGUCGACGCAAGCAGCAACUAUAUAAGCAGCCAGCUCUGCGGCAACGUCAGCAAAACGCUGUUCCUCGUGUACGCGGCAUUGCAGCCUCACUUCUGUGUUAAUCGGCAGCGUGAAGAUGGCGCCUGUGGUGCUGGGAUACACCAACACGCGAGGCCUGGCCCAGAGCAUCCGCAACCUGCUCGUCUACAAGGGCGUCCCCUUCGAGGAGAAGCAGUAUAAGCUGGGGCCAGCGCCCAACUACGAGAAAGCCGGCUGGCAGCAGGAGAAGUUCAGCCUGGGCCUCCAGUUUCCCAACCUGCCCUACUACUCGGACGGCGACGUGAACAUCACGCAGAGCAUCGCCAUUCUGAGACAUCUGGGAAGGAAGCACGACCUCAUGGCCAAGAACGCUGAGGAGGUCGCUCAGCUGGACCUUCUGGAGCAGCAGGCCAACGACCUAAUCUGGAGCUUGGUGGUGGCCGCCAUGGGCCCGGCUGGAAGCGAGGGCCGUCGCCAGCACGAGGCCAACCUCGUGACGAUGCUCAGGGGCUGGGAGGAUCACCUCAAGAAGCGGAAGUGGGCAAUCGGCGACCGCCUCACCUACGUGGAUUUCUUGCUCUAUGAGGGCCUCGCCUGGAACUUCGAGUACAAGCCGGAGGUCUUCGCAGACUACCCUUCCGUGAAGCGGUACAUGCAGAGCUUCGAAGCGCUGCCCAAAAUCAAGGAGUACUUCACCUCGCCCAGCUACAUCAAGUGGCCCAUAAUGGGACCCAACUUCCAGUGGGGCUUCAAGAAGUGAAUUGCACGCGUUUUAUCCCAGCUGGCCAGGCAGUGUAUGCUGCUGCAUUGCUGCAGCCUUCAAUAAAGUAGAUCCACGUAGUG